UAUCGACAAAUAGACUGUCGCCAUUUUAUAAUUUGCUAUCAUUGAGUUGGCUUGUGCAUUACAUCUUAUAAACCUAAUUAAUUUCAGUCUUCCUUCAAUAUGUUUUGAAUUUCAGCUAUCUUUGUUAUAUACUGCCAAUUCAUUAUCGUAAAAUAAAAAAUAAGUCGAUCACCAUGUCGGCUCACGAGCAGAUGAGGGCAAUGUUGGAUCAAUUGAUGGGCACAGCUCGCAAUGGUGAAACGGAUAGGCAUGGUGUCAAAUUCUAUGAUGAUUCCGUUUGCAAAUCCUUUUUACUGCAAUGCUGUCCUCACGAAAUCUUGUCUUCUACGCGCAUGGAUCUAGGUGAGUGUCCAAAAAUUCAUGAUCUGGCUCUGCGUGCCGACUAUGAGUUAGCCUCGAAAACCAAAGAUUAUUUCUAUGAUAUUGAUGCAACCGAGCAUUUAGAGGCGUUCAUAGCGGAUUGCGACCGUCGCACGGCAGCGGCGAAACAGCGUCUCGCUGAGACACAGGAAGAAUUAUCGGCAGAGGUUACUGAGAAAGCAAACGCUGUUCAUGAGUUAGCUGAGCAAAUUGGUCAGAAAUUGGCUCGAGCUGAAGCGUUGGGGGAAGAAGGAAUGGUUGAAGAGAGUGUCAAAUUAAUGGGAGAGAUAGAUGAACUGCGUAAAAAGAAAGCUGUCGCGGAGCAAGAGUACCGAAACUCAAUGCCGGCAUCGUCAUACCAACAGCAGAAGUUGAGAGUCUGUGAAGUGUGCUCUGCAUACCUCGGUAUCCACGAUAAUGAUCGUCGUCUGGCUGAUCACUUUGGCGGCAAACUCCAUCUUGGUUUUAUUACAAUACGCGAGAAGUUAUCUGAAUUGAAGAAAACGGUGGAGAAACGUCGCGAGGAGCGCGGUGCGGAACGAGAGCGCAGCGGCGGGCGGCGGCACUACGUGGGCGGGCGCGAGCUCGACCGGCGCGCGCGCAGGCACCGCGAGGUGCCGCGCGACCGCGAGCGCAAGGACAACGAGCGCGAGCGCGAGCGCGGCCGGGACCGCGACCGCGACCGCGAGCGGGAGCGGGAACGCGAGCGGGAGAAGAAACGCAGCCGGUCGCGCAGCAAGAGCAAACGCGCGACGCGGUCGCGGUCGCGCGGGCGCGAGGCGCGCCGCAGCCGCUCGGGCCGCUCCAGCUCGCGCGAGCGCCGCCGCGACUAGCGCCCUACGCGCCCCACUCGCCACACGCGCCCCACGCGCCACACGCGUUCCCGCACUAUACACUUCGUUUAGAUUUGCGCUUGCCACACGUAUUUUGCUGAGGUUUACGUGGUAUUGUUUGAACCCUUAUCGAGUUUUGUUCUGUUUCUAAUCUAUUCUUUCAAAAUAAAAAGAUUUUUAAUUUGUGGAUAUGAUGGAACCGGUUGUUGUACUAUAUUGAUGGAGACGAGUCGUUUUACACAGUCAUUACAAAUAUCCUUGUUUUGAAAUCACUUGAAAACUAAAUGGAAUAAAAUGUGCGAUAGAUUAUUAAGCAUUCUGUAAAAUUACUAAAUAGCUCCCCUUCAGAUAUGGUGCAUAUUUUCAAAUACUUUACGUAAUAUACAA